GUGGAACUGUUUGAAAAGGACAUAACGAACAUAAAGACAGAACUGAACCAUGUCUCUGCUGCUGACAAAUCUCCCAUCAGCCUCUACGAGUACUUCCACAUUUCCCCCAUUAAGCUGCACCUGAGUUUCUCUCUGAGCUCAGGCGGAGAGGAUGGCUUGACACAGAAGAGAGAUCGGAACUGAACCCUGUGCAGUUGCUCAAUUUGUUGCUGAAGAGUAUCAGCUCACUGACGUGCAGGAUGUUGUCUUCAAGCUGGCCUUUUUUGAAUUGACCUACCAGUUCUACACCACUCAGCAGCUCCAGUGGGAGGUCCUCAGACAUUAUUCUAAGCAGGCUAUUAAGCAGAUGUAUGUGCUGGUGCUGGGCCUCGAUGUUCUUGGAAACCCAUUUGGACUGAUCAGAGGAUUGUCAGAAGGGGUGGAGGAUUUCUUUUAUGAGCCCUAUCAGGGAGCCAUCCAGGGCCCUGAGGAGUUUGUUGAAGGAAUGGCUCUUGGGGUUAAGGCGCUGGUGGGAGGAGCUGUAGGCGGUAUUGCAGGUGCAGCCUCCAGGAUAACAGGUGCCAUGGCAAAGGGUGUCGCAGCGAUGACAAUGGAUGAAGAGUACCAGCAGAAGAGACGAGAAGCUAUGAACAAACAGCCCAGCGGUCUGAGAGAGGGGCUGACCAGGGGUGGAAAAGGACUGGUGUCUGGAUUUGUCAGUGGGAUCACAGGGAUCGUUACCAAACCUAUUAAAGGGGCCCAGAAAGAGGGGGCAGCGGGCUUUUUUAAAGGUGUUGGAAAAGGUUUGGUUGGUGCAGUAGCUCGACCAACAGGAAGUAUUAUUGACAUGGCCAGCAGCACUUUCCAAGGGAUCAAGAGUACCUUCAUUGCCCACCAGGGGGCUGCAGCCCACAGCUUAACACAGACUGUAUAAAACUUGGAUGUAGCAGCCCUGGUGUCAGCUGUUGCUUUGUGGAGCCCUGUUUUGAAUCCUGGAGAUGAGCAUUUCCACUGCUGCUGUCUUUGUUUAAAAGUUAAAUUUUUCUUUAUUAUUAUUAUUAUUAUUAUUAUUACUUCUGCACUGAACCUCGCCUUCCACUGCAGGAGAGAGUGAAGUUAGUCUUUCAUGCCAAAGAGUUUGGAAAGAUAAUAAACUUCAAAACUCCAGAGAUAGCCAAAUGGGUUCUCACCAAAUUGGAGGAUGCAAGAGAGAGUUUACCCAAGUACUGACUCUGAAGAUUGAGAAAUGCUAAACACACGAGCUCUGUGUGUGCCAGUGCCUUUUUUUCUUUACUGCAUGCUACCAAAAACAUUUUUGCCUACCGUAGCUUUAGAGAUUGAGUUUAACUUUCAUUUCUGGAUGUAAAGGAGGAUUUGGGUGUAGAAAUGUCAAUCUUAACAGUGACUGGUAGGGGGGGAAAAAAAUCCCUCGAGUAUCACUGAGGCCAAAUUAACUGUAAUUGUUGUAGCACAUUUAAUGUUGCACACUGUUUCUUUUACUGGAUUAUAUAAAAGGCAUGCUAAUAUGAAUUAGUAUGGCUUUAUAGUACACAUAAUUCAAAAAAUGUGCAUCCUUAAAGUUCUUCUUUUUCCUAUUUUUAUACAUUGCAGAAUAAAGACUGUUGAGUGUGUGAGUCAGAGAUGCAUGCUAUUUUUAUACUGUACUUACAUGCAUCAGUUUGCUGUAUAUGACCUAAUAUGAUGUCUAUCUGUAUAUAUCCAUCCCCGCAUCAGACUUUAUGAGGAGCUUGCAGUAUGAAAUUUUGUGAUUUUUAUGUUUUUAUACCACACAUAUGCAAUGCCAAACAUGGUCUUGGGCGCAUCACGGUUUAAUAUUACUAAAUACUUUCUGCUGCCAUUAACGUAGUUUUGUUUUCGGGGAACGAAAUAUUCACUGCGCUGGCUUUUUUUUUUUCAAUAAAAAUAAACGUUUUUUUGAAUUCAAA